AUGCAUCACAUGGUCGUUUUUGCAGGCGAUGGUGAAGAAGAUGAAGAUACUGAUCACGAAGAAGAUGAUAUUGAUCACGAAGAAGAUGAUGUUGUUGAUCAUGAUUAUUGUACAGAGAUCAAUGACAGUUGUCUUAAUUUUGAACGUGUUGGUGAUGACAGACCAUCUUCAGAUAAAAUUUCUAUUUCCACACCUAUUUACACCGUCAAUUCUGAUAAUUCAGAAACAUCCACCGAACUUGUCGACAAUAUCUUUGUUAAAGUUCAGUCUAAAAAGAGAUGCACCCGUCAGAUUUCAGUUAAGGUUUUGCGUCUAUGGUCGGAAUGCUUGGAACCAUCUGGUAGUCUAUUGAAGGCUGUGCUAUGUGAUGAGAAGUUUCUUUUUUCUCUCAAUUCCUGGGAACCCGACGUAGUGAAGAAUGGGUCGUGUACAUCUAUAAGAGAAGUCAAAUUUGGCAAGCAGCUACAUGGUUAUGCGUUAAAGUUGGGACUCUAGUCUAACGUGUUUGUGGGUAGUGCGGUUUUGAACUGUUAUGUGAAGCUGAGCACAUUGGUAAAUGCUCGUAGAAGUUUUGAUGACACUAGAGACCCAGAAGUUGUUUCUAUGACUAGUUUGAUAAGUGGGUACCUUACGAAACAUGAGUUUAAGAACUCUAUGAUAUGGGGUUACGCGCACAACGGAAGAGGCGAAGAAGCUAUAGCUAUGUUUGAGAAAAUGAUCAAAGACACAAACUUGAAACCAAACAAUGUGACACUUCUUGGACUACUAUUUGCGUGUUACCAUGCGGGUCUAAUCCUUGAAGGGUACAUGUAUUUUAACAAAGCAGUGAAUGAUCAUAAUAAUCCACACCUGCUACAACCUGAGCACUAUGCUUGUAUGGUGGAUAUGCUCUCUAGGUCAGGUCGUUUCAAAGAAGCAGAGGAGCUUAUCAAAAGUAUGCCUCUUGACCCAGGAAUCGGGUUUUGGAAGGCAUUGCUUGGAGGACGCCAGAUUCACUCAAACAAGGGACUGACUAAAUUAGCGGCGCCUAAGAUAAUGGAAAUAGAUCCCAGAGAUGUUUCAUCAUACGUUAUGCUAUCAAAUUCUUACUCCGCUACUCAAAGGUGGCAGAAUGUGUCGGAGAUACGGAGGAAGAUGAAGGAAAUGGGUUUAAAGCGUAUUUCGGGAUGUAGUUGGAUUGAAGUUAGAGGCCAAGUUUGUGUCUUUGUCAAUGCUGACAAGAAAAAUGAACUGAAGGAUGAAGUCUAUAGGAUGUUAGCACUUAUUAAACAACAUCUUGAGGAAGUCUGUACAGUCUUGUGA